GCAUGAUGCCCGGAGCCACACGGGAUAUCCGAUCCAAGACCACCCACCGACCCGUGGUCAGCACUCCGCCGGCUAAAGACACCAAACGGGAUCAUCGAGCCGCUCAUCCGGGGGCCGCCUCACCCGCCGCCAAACGCCUCAAAAUUGAACCUUCGGCCUUGUUGGAAGAUCCGGCGCGGCCUUCGCAGCUAUGGGUGGAUAAGUACAAGCCCGUAAAUUUAAAGCACGUCAUCGGCCAACAGGGCGAGAAAAGCAACCUGCGCAAGCUUCAGACUUGGUUGCAACAUUGGCCGCGUUACCACUUAGGCGGGGCCAAACCCCCGGCCCGCCCUCCGCCCUGGAACGCCACGUCCGAUACGGGGGCCUGGGCCAAGAUGGCCCUGUUGUCGGGUCCCCCCGGGGUGGGCAAAACCACCACCGCCUACUUGGUCAGUCGAGAACUGGGCUUUGAUGUCAUGGAGAUGAACGCCUCGGACGCCCGCUCGAAAAAGCUCUUGGAACAGAAUGUGGCCGUGGCCAUGAGCAACACCUCUUUGGCCUCCGGUUCCAAAAAACGGGUCUUGCUGAUGGACGAAGUGGACGGCAUGGCAGGCAACGAAGAUCGAGGCGGCAUAGCUGAACUCAUCCAGUUGGUCAAGAAAUCUCAAAUACCCGUGAUUUGCAUGUGUAACGAUCGAAACCAUCAGAAAAUUCGUAGCUUGGCCAACUAUUGUUUCGAUUUGCGAUUUCAACGCCCGCGCGUCGAACAGAUUAAAGGUGCCAUGAUGUCGAUCAUAUUUAAAGAAAAAAUUAACAUCACGCCGGAUGCCUUGACUGAAGUGAUUGCCGGUUGUAAUCAAGAUGUGCGGCAAGUGCUCCAUCACUUGUCCCUCAUUAAAGCGCGGGAGAGUUCCAUCAAGAUGACGGGCACCGAAGCCAAAACUGAAGCAGAUCGAUCCAAGAAAACCUCCAUCAAAGUGGGUCCUUUUGAUGUGGUGCGGAGAGUGUUUAGCGCCAAAGAGCAAGAAGGCAUGUCGCUCAUGGACAAAUCAGAUUUGUUCUUCCAAGAUUACAGUCUGGGUCCCUUGUUUACACAAGAAAACUAUCUACUUCAUGUUCCCAAAGCGGCCAAAGGUGAUCCCAAAGCCACGAUGGACCUGGUUAGUAAAGCAGCGGAUUCAUUCUGUGAUGGUGACUUGACAAGUGGAGCGAUUCGAUCACGGAACGCUUGGAAUCUAUUGCCCAUCCAAGCCAUGUUCUCGAGCGUGAUUCCUGGGGAAUAUAUGUCGGGCUACAUGUCGGGUCAGCCCCAAUUUCCAACAUGGUUUGGAAAAUAUUCGAAACAAAAUAAAUUCGACCGGAUUUUGCAGGAGCUUCAAAUGCACACAAGGCUGAGUGCGGGUGUAACGAAGCAAGCCAUGAAUAUGGAGUUCUCCCAGUUUCUACGCGGAGCGAUUGUAAAUCCCAUGUUACUUAAAGGCUCGGAGGGCAUUCCCGAAUCCGUAGAAGUGAUGAAGAAGUAUUCCCUCUUGAGAGAAGAUUUGGACAAUAUUCUAGAAAUCGGUCAGUGGCCAGGUCAAGAUAACCCAAUGAAGUAUGUCGAUUCCAAGACCAAGGCUGCUUUCACUCGAGCUUACAACAAAGAGAUCGUUCUGCCCUAUUCAAAUGCUAUUGGAUCCCUGAAGAAAGGUAAAUCGGCAGCGACUUCCGUUGAGAUAAAUCCGGAGGCAUUGGAGGAAGAUGACGAGAGAGAGAGCGAUGACGAGGAUGAUGAUGAUAUCUCGAAAGACGCUAUGAUAAAAGCGAAACCGAAGAAACCAACCAAGGGUAAAUCGGAGAGUGGGGCCACGUCGUCAAGCGCUCGUGGAGGCAAAGCUACCACUAGUCGAGGGAAAGGCACGGCCCGUGGAAGGGGCAAAAAAUGAAAUUCUAUUUUUUAAGCUUGGAACAGUGUCAAAUAAAGACCAGAAUUAUCUUUUUUUGACAUAA